UUGUGAGGGCCCCUCUCAAGGAAGACAUUUUCAUGCGAUUGCCGGAAGGAUGUGGUGCGUUGUCGGGGAAGAUUGUGCAGUUGAACAAGAGUCUUUACGGUUUGAGGCAGGCAUCUAGAGAGUGGUACGCGUUGCUGAAGAAGUGUCUUUUGGCUUUGGGUUUCGAGCAGUGCAUGGCCGAUUCGUGUGUUUUUCGUCUAGUCGAAGACGGGGAAGUAGUGUUGAUCCUAGUAGUACACGUAGACGAUAUCUUUGCAGUGGGGACGAAGGAGAGGUGUGAUCAGUUUGGAAAGGACCUGGGAGAGUACGUACCGGUGAAGUCUCUGGGGGAGUUGCAGUGGUACUCUGGUUGCUAUUACGAGAGAGACAGAGAGGCAGGUAGAUUGACGAUUUCGCAGGAGACAUACACUAAGGAAUUGGGAGAGAGACAUGGUGUGGAGUGGGGCGGAGGCAUUCCUUUGCCCACGACUUGGAGACUUUGGGACUCUGACGUGAAUGAGCCGAGCGUAGAGUACCCAUUUCGCGCGCUAAUUGGUUCGUUGCUAUGGGUAGCUUUGUUGACUAGGCCGGAUAUCGCGAAUGCAGUGAGGGCAGUGGCGAGGUACUGUAGUGAACCCAAGUUGAUACACUGGAGGGCUGCACUUGGCAUCUUAGGAUAUGCAGUUAGGACUAGUUCUUUCGGGAUUUCUUUUCAGAGGGGGACGGUUUCAGGAUUUUCUUUGAUCACGUUCGCCGACGCGGACUACGCCUCGCGUGCGGCGGAUCGCAGGUCGGUUUCAGGGGGAGUGGUAAUGUGUGCAGGGGGAGCGAUCGCAUGGUUUUCCAAGACUCAGAAGUGUGUGACUUUGUCCACCACGCAGGCAGAGUACGUGGCGAUGGCGGAUAUGGGGAAGGAAAUUCUUUUUUUGAGGGAGGUUUGGCGUUUUAUGUUGCCGAAGGAGUUGCGGCCGUGCAUUCCACUGUACGAGGAUAAUGAGGGUGCUAUCCAGAUCGCAAAACACCCGAUCUCGAAUUCCAACUCGAAGCACAUCGACGUGCGGCAUCACUUCCUCAGACAACUGGUAGAUGAGAAGGAGGUAGAGAUCAUUCAUGUAGCGUCGCAGUAUCAGCAUGCUGACUUCCUCACGAAGGCGCUACCUGAGAGGGAUUUUGUGUUCCACAGGGACUACGUGAUGAACUUGAUGUGAGCAGUCCCGAAAUUUUUUUUUGUGUUUUUUGUUUAUGUGAUUCUUUCGAUUUGAGUUUCUUCUGAGGAGUUGAUAUUCUACGAGUUUGGAUUCAAGAUUGACCGAUGGAUUUUCUCUGAAGUAUUUCUGGUUUAAUGGUUGGGAGUAACUUCGAAUCGUUUGGAAUUCUAACGAGUAUUGUUUCUGGUUUAAUGGUCAUGGUGUUUUGGCAAAGACGAAGGAUGAGAGGAAUGGAAUGUUGAUCACUAAUCUAUGAUCUCAGGUAUUUGGUAUGAGAGGGCAUACAUGCUAAGGUAGUUAUAUGAAUCCGGGUAAAAUCUUGCCAAUGCAGCGAGUAGGGGGGCUGUUGGAUGUACUCACAGCAGGACAGAUUACUUCGAGUAAGAACUUUCCGAACAGAUGGAGCGGAGAGUUUGGGGGUUCAACAGUUGGUAUGGAUUAGAAUUGGUGGUACAAACUUUAUCACCUAUUGCAGGAUUGAGGGUAUGGGUGUCUACAGCGGAAUUGUGUGCGUGGCUUGUGGUUUCUCACUUCCUUUUUCGUGUAUAAUCAAGUCCCUUUUUAUCCGGCUCUCACGCCACCCACCGGCUUCCACGCCACUACUCCGGCUAUCACGCCAACCCGACUUCACGCAUUCAGGACUUCCACGUCCCUACAUAUACCUUUACAUCAGGGCUUCCACACCACCUGGCUUCCACGCCACAUCUAUAAUAUACCCGAGCUUCAACGCUCCACCACGUAGGAGGGCUUUCACGCCUGCGGAUAGUUUCUACAUUUUUCACUAUUGCCAGUACCCAGCUGCUGGCACCUUUUACUUUCCGCCACGGGACCCCGCGCCGAGGCACCCACG